AUGGCUCAACCAACCACCAGUUUGCCAUCCGGCCCCCUCCCAACCUCUCCGUCCACUCAUCAACAGCAAAACCUUACAUCCAUCGUAUCCCAUACCACGUCAUUAUCGCGGAACCGAUCCACUCGUCAAUCUCACGUUCGCUCAGAAUCAUCCAUCUCGGAAGAUCCAGAAUUACCUAGACCACCUCGACCUCGUUCGCCCCCUGCUCCAGAAGACAAUGCCCCGCCGCCUAAAGAGGAGGUAACGACGUUGAGGUUGGCGGCGCACUAUGCAGGAUUGGUAUUGGCUAGUAUAUUGGGGUGUUUAAUCAGGCUUGGACUCAAUGGCCUGGGAACGUACGACGGUGCGAUCAUCUACCCCCUAAUAUGGUCACAAGCUGUAGGAAGUGGGAUCAUGGGAUUGUCACUAGCAAGGAAGAACGAGAUCAUCUCAAUCUAUCCACCCGUAUAUACUUUCCUGACUACAGGUAUAGCAGGUUCAGUGACCACCUUUUCAUCAUGGAUGUUAGAAGGUUAUUUGGCUUUUAGCAAUUUCGAUAAAUACGAUAGAAAAGGAUUACACGAUACUGUAGACGGAGUAAUAUACUCCCUAUCGACAUUCGCCAUUGCCAUUGCAUUUCUUCGAUUCGGCGAACAUUUCUCAGGUAUCUUGCCGUCUUUAAGUCUCCUCAGAAGACCCAGUAAAGCACCUCUCCCAGAUAGAUUACCUGCACAAGCCCAAGCUCGAAAAUCCAAUCUCAACUCGAACGAAGAAGAUUCUUCGUCACCAUCCCCAUCGUCAGGUUCAAACGCUGAUCCUGAAAAAACCUCUUCCCCUUCUUCUUCACCAAUCAAACCACUCUCACAAACACCAUUUCUAGAUAUACUAUGGAUAUCCACAGCGUUCUUCUCAUACCUUAUCAUCCUCCUACUUUACUUCCUUGCCAAACCAUCUUGGAGACAUAACGUUACAUUUCCCUUACUCCUCUCUCCUCCAGGGACUAUCAUUCGAUUUUACUUUUCAAGAUUUAACACCCGACCGAAAUUCAUUGAUAGAUUCCCUCUUGGUACAUUCAUCGUCAACAUCUCAGCAAGCAUUAUAAUUUCUAUAUGUUUCGCUCUUCAACGAUUACCCCUUUCUCAAACCCAGGCAGUCAAGUGCAAUGCAUUGAAUUCUAUUCAACAAGGGUUUUGCGGAUGUUUAAGUACCGUUUCUACCUUUGUGGUUGAAGCUCGUACCAUUAAAAGUCCAAUACACAAAUGGAUAUAUAUAGGUGGGAGUGUGAUAUUGGGUCAUUUGAUGGUUUUGGCAAUUGUUGGUGGGAUAGGAUGGGAUUAUGGGUAUGUGGAUGUAUGUAAGGGAUGA